AUGUUCAACACAUAUCUAAUUGUUACCACGUUGAAAAAUACAUUUGAUUAUUUAAAAAACUCUCUUCUUGUUUCAAAACGUUGGAAACUUACAAGUUUAAUUGGUAAAGGAUCAUUUGGUACUGUUUAUAAAGGGUACGAUGCUUUAUUAAAAAAUAAUAAUUAUGUAGCAAUCAAAUUCGAAAAAUUAAAUAGAUCUUACUCACAAUUAAUAAAUGAAGGAAAAAUAUUGAAUAUUUUAAAAGGUAUUCCUGGAAUACCCAUAGUUUAUUAUUAUGGUAUUUAUAAUGAAUAUUAUUAUUGUUUGGUCAUUGAGUUGCUAGGAAAAAACUUAGAUGAAGUUUUCAAUAUAUGUAAUAGAAAUUUCACAUUAUAUACGGGAUUAAUAAUAAUUGAUAAUGUUCUAACCUUACUUGAACAUAUUCAUGCAAGAUUUAUAGUUCAUCGUGAUAUAAAACCACAGAAUAUUAUGUUUGGUUUGUCUGAUGUAUUCACAAAAUUUUACAUGAUUGAUUUUGGGUUAUCAAAACAAUUUCGUGAUGAUUUAUCGUAUAAUAUUAUUAAAUAUCGUGAAAAUAAAAAAUGGAUGGGAACUGUCAGAUUUGCAAGUAUCGGAACGCAUUUAGGAUUGGAGCAAUCAUAUCGUGAUGAUCUUGAGAGCCUAGGAUAUACUAUUAUUUAUUUAUUAAAAGGAAAAUUACCAUGGCAGUGCUUAAAAAUCAAUGAUAAAAAUGAGAAACAUGAUAGAAUUCGCGAUAUAAAAAUAUCAAUGUCAAUGGAUUUUUUAACUAAAAAUUUACCAGUUGAAUUUAAAGAAUACUUUACUUAUUUUAAGCAAUUAAAUUUUUUUGAAAGUCCAAAUUACUCAUAUUUACGUUUGUUGUUCAGAAGAGUUUUCAUACGUGAAAAGUUUUUUAAAAAUCAAUAUUCGUUAAGUUGGAUCGAACAUGAUAAAACACAGAAAGAUGCAGGAAAGUCUCAGAAAGAGCUAUUUGAAAAUUAUAGCAUUUUGAAAAGCGAUUAA